AUGUGGAACGAGACCGCCGAGCUCUCUGCUUUUGAUGUAUAUUUUGUUGACCACUUGGGUAAAAUUUGCAAACGAGAAAGAAAAAGAAAAGAUUUUACCCUCCUACUGCUUCUUCUGAUUUCUUCUGAUUCCAUAACUUUUUCCUUCCUCUCGGCCGCCACAACUGCUUCUUCUUCAUCACUCAUUAGCAGACUGCUUCUUCUUCUUCAUCUGCUCAGCCCUGUUGCUGUUUUAUGGGGAUAUGCACGGUUUGUGAAUAUAAGAGAUGGUAGGGGAGCCACUCCCUUGCACUUAGCAGCACGCCAGAAGCAGCUUGAAUGCGUACAUAUCCUGUUAUACAAUGGUGCUCUUGUUUGUGCAUCAACUGGUCGAUAUGGUUUCCCAGGAAGCACUCCUCUUCAUUUGGCUGCUAGAGGGGGCUCUCUUGAUUGCAUUCGUAUGUUGUUGGCUUGGGGUGCAGAUCGUCUUCAAAGAGAUGCAUCUGGGCCUUGA